GCCGUGUGGCGAGAGUGGAGAGAGAGAAUAGGAAAAGAGUGGAAAGCGUGGAGUGAAAAAAGGGCGCGGUGAAAUUUUUGGAAAAACGUAGGAAACACGUUAACGACUAGGCUAAGAACACGAAUUCAUGAUUUGAUUGUUGAAGAUUGGUACCAUCUUGAUCAUAGAACAGUAAAGAAAAGAUCUACAGAUCCUCAUAUUAAAUUUCAUGAAAUGUUGCUACGUGAUUAUAGAGUUCAAAAAGCAAAACAACAAAGAGUGAAGUCACGAAAGAAGAGAGACUUUAUAUCAAUACCAAAACAGCAAAAAACUCCAACUAUUUUUAAUGAUGAAAGAUGGCCUAUAAUGUGGUACUUAAAUCGGGGAAAAGGACUAGACAUGAAUGUACAAGAAGCUUGGGCUGAAGGAAUUACAGGUCGUAGUGUUGUCGUUACAAUUUUAGACGAUGGAUUGGAAAAAGAUCAUCCCGAUUUAAAAGAUAAUUACGAUCCACUAGCUAGUUAUGACGUAAACAAUCAUGACGAAGAUCCAAUGCCCAGAUACGAUCUUGCCGAUAGCAAUCGUCAUGGAACGAGAUGCGCAGGUGAAGUUGCUGCUACAGCAAACAAUUCUUUCUGCGCUGUUGGGGUAGCUUUUUCUGCACAAGUGGGAGGAGUCCGCAUGCUGGAUGGUGAUGUAACGGAUGCAGUCGAAGCCAGAUCUUUGAGUUUAAAUCCACAACAUAUUGAUAUUUAUAGUGCAUCUUGGGGUCCAGAUGACGAUGGAAAAACAGUCGAUGGACCAGGUGAAUUAGCUACAAGAGCUUUUAUUGAAGGAAUUACUAAGGGUCGAGGUGGUAAGGGGUCGAUCUUUAUUUGGGCGUCUGGCAAUGGUGGUAGAGAUUAUGACAAUUGCAAUUGUGAUGGGUACACUAACAGUAUUUGGACACUUUCUAUUAGUAGUGCAACAGAAAAUGGUUUUGUACCUUGGUAUAGUGAAAAAUGUUCAUCAACAUUAGCUACUACUUACAGCUCUGGGUUAUCAGGGGAAAAGCAGGUCAUAACUACUGACCUGCAUCAUCACUGCACGAGUAGUCAUACAGGAACAUCAGCAUCUGCACCAUUAGCUGCUGGCAUUUGUGCUCUGGCCCUGGAAGCGAAUAAAAAUUUAACAUGGAGAGACAUGCAGCAUAUUGUUGUUCAAACUGCAAAACCUUGGAAUUUAAAUUCUUCAGAUUGGGUCACAAACGGCAUUGGACGAAACGUUAGUCAUAGCUUUGGGUACGGAUUAAUGGAUGCGGCUGCAAUGGUACGAUUAGCUCGCAAGUGGAGGACGGUAGCUGAGCAACAUAACUGCGAAGUAUUGGCAUCUCAAGUAGGACGGUCAAUACCUCCAAAAAGUCAUUUAACUCUCAUGUUAGAUGUAAAAGAAUGCAGAGGAGUGAAUUUUUUAGAGCACGUUCAGGCUAAAGUGUCUCUGACGGCUUCAAGAAGGGGGGACUUGGAGAUUUAUUUGACUUCGCCACAAGGUACUAAAAGCAUUUUACUAGCAAAAAGGCCUCAUGACUUUUCAAAAGCUGGCUUUAACCAGUGGCCAUUUAUGUCUGUGCACACUUGGGGUGAGAGGCCUCAUGGUAUAUGGAAGUUGGAAAUUCAUAACGAAGGAAGAUACCUAGGUCGUGCAACACUUCAGGAAUGGGCUUUAAUUUUCUAUGGAACGACUACUCUGAAUGAUCGAAAAGACUAUCAACUUUUAAAUCCGUCUGUAAUCAAUAUAACACGUAGGCCAUUUAUGAAAUCCAGAGAUACAAAAUUUCUCAAGAAUCAAAAUUUUUUAUUAGGAAAUAUUCCGAGAGGUAAGCAUACCCAUCAGUACAAAUCUGAUAAAAUACAAGCGAGUGUGAAUUCGUCUUUUGGAAUUAACAGUUCGAGUCAAGUGCAAAGAAAAAGUAAAACUCGUGGUCGCAAUAAAAAUGUGAAAAUGGUCAAUAGGCCAACUGGUAAUCCUACUGUACAAACAUUACGAGGCUUGUCAAUUGCUUGUGGUCUCAAAACUGGAGGGGUACGACUGAACACUUCAAAAACUCGAUGUCAAAGUACUCCAAAUACAAUUAAAAAUACCACUGACAUUGUUCCGACAACAAAAUCGUGGACUUAUCGCCCAAUAUCUAAACCCAAAUCGACAGAUAUUGUGACCGUGUCUUCUAGACGACAAGGCCUUAUUUUAAUGGAACCAGCUAUAAAAUCUCCAACCAAUAAUGUACCAAAGGUGUUUCAACAAUAUCCGAAAAUCCAGCAACUAUAUCCCCUUUACCCAGUUUACGACAAGACAAUAAUCAUGGGUCAACAUGCUACCAGAGGAAAGGGUCUCGAUUUAUUACAAGACGAACAAUUUAACUCAAGAAAUCAUCAAUUUAACAAGGGUAUCCAAACAAUCUACUUAAAUGUGUCAGCAUGUUAUUUUUAG